GGAAGGAGUGGUUGCGAGGGGAGCGUUGGUGAGGGUGGAUUAGAGCGCUGUUGUGUGUAACUGGUGAAAGAACUUGCGUUAGUCGAUUGCCGUGUGUGCUUUGUUGUGUUUUCAGUUUACGUUUUAUCAUUAUAAGUAGAACAUGAAUUAUCAGUGAUCAGUUAAAUACAGCCCCGCGAGUGAUUAGCUUACUGAGGAGUGGAGGUAGAUGCCAGGUUUUGUAUCUUUGUUGUGAAAUAAACCAGCCACCAAGCUGGCUGGCAGUCCAGUUGUGUCGGGGGUCGAUGACCCCCGUACGAUGCUGGACUGGGAAGAGGGGGAUAGAUUUUCUUUCGAGGAUUCUGAUAGGUUCGAAGAGGAUUCACUGUGCAGUUGGAGCAGUGAACCCGAAUCUUUGUGCAACAAUUGGAGAGGAUGGAAGAGACCAACUUUAGGAUCUGGCACUUUUGGACUGUUGAAGAGGACACCAGAAGAUGCUACUGGAUUCCAAGUGCCGCCAUUAGCUGAACUGUCGGCGAGAUGUGUCGCAGCACACAUACCUUUCGAGCUGGUGGAGCACGUUUUCCCGCCAGUACCCGAACAGCUGCAACUCCGCAUUGCCUUCUGGAGCUUCCCCGACAAUGAGGAGGACAUCCGGCUGUAUUCUUGCUUAGCAAAUGGCAGCGCCGACGAGUUCCAACGUGGCGAAAACCUGUUCAAGAAUCGCGCAGUUAAGGAACCCCUACAGAUAGGUUUUCAUUUGAGUGCGAGUGUGUGUCCACCCCAGAGUGUCGGGCAGGUCCGGGCGCAGUACAAUGUUGCAGUGACAUUUGACCGGAGGCGCAUCACUUCCUGCAACUGCACCUGCUCUUCAACUGCAUACUGGUGUUCGCACAUUGUGGCUGUGUGCCUCCACAGGAUACAUCUGCCCAAUCAAGUGUGCCUGCGGGCUCCUGUGAGUGAGUCAUUGUCACGGCUGCACAGGGACCAACUCCAGAAGUUUGCUCAGUAUCUCAUCAGCGAGCUGCCACAGCAGAUACUCCCGACUGCACAAAGGCUGCUGGAUGAGCUGCUGUCGUCUCAACCAUCUGCCAUCAACAGUGUUUGUGGAGCUCCUGACCCUACUGCAGGUGCAUCAGCAAAUGACCAGACAUCAUGGUAUCUUGACGAGAAGACACUUCACGACAACAUCAAGAAGAUUCUCAUAAAAUUUUGUGUGCCAGCUCCAAUAGUAUUCAGUGACGUGAACUACUUGAGCACUACGGCUCCUCCGGCAGCAGCAGAAUGGAGCAGCCUGCUGCGGCCACUCAGAGGCCGCGAGCCCGAGGGGAUGUGGAACCUGCUGUCGAUUGUUCGGGAGAUGUUCAAGAGGAAUGACCGCAAUGCUAUCCCGUUGCUCGAAAUUAUAACUGAGGAGUGUGUUGCAUGUGAACAGAUUCUUGUGUGGUGGUUCAAUACAAAAGUAGCACUCCACAAUGGAAGUUCGGGUCACGGAGGAGGAAAACAUGGCAGUGUGAACAGUAAUAGUCACACAUCGCAACACGCAUGUUCUUCACUGUGCGAUGAGAUUGUCAUUCUCUGGAGGUUGGCAGCUCUCAACCCUGGGCUGUCUCCUGAAGAGAGGCAACUGCUUCAUGGACAGUUCUCUGACUGGCAUCUCAAGAUCAUUGAAAAGGUAACAAAGAGCCGUGGUGCUGCACUGGCAGGCCCACAAGGUCUGACAGGAAGUGGGCCAGGGACCCACAACAGAAAUGCCAACAGCUUCCGCAAUGAUGUGGAAAUAUUCUCGGGCUUCAAGCCAGCCAUUGAAGCGUGCUACCUGGAUUGGGAUGAUUACCCUCUGCCUGGCAUCACAUACCAGGGAGGUGUCAGCCUCUUCUACAGGUGUCCCUUCACGUGCUUCAGGCAUGCCGGAGACCAGUCUCGCUCUGACCAUGUUGUCAACCAGGUGAACUCCUCACAAGCGGUUUUGAAUUGUGAACAUCCAGCUCAGCCAUCACACCAUCACCACCACCAUCACCAUCGACAUCACAACAAUUUGAACCAGUUCCUCCCCGUCCCACAUACACGGCCACAUGUGAGCUGCCAUGGGGGCUCUCGCUCUUCCACGUGUCUGACUACUAUCGACUUCCCAUAUCGAGAGCGUAGGCGGCACCACUCUCGUCAUGAUUUUGGUGGCCACAUUCCAAAUGUCGAUAUGGUGGUACGGUUUCAUCGUAUUGUACAUGGACUUGGGUCACCAGCAGAUGGUGAUGACACACGUGAUGGAAACCGUUCAAGUGUUAGUAGUGAAGGUUUCUGUGAAAAUGACCCCGAUGGUGACAUGCUGAUGGACAGCAGUGUGCUAAUGAGACCGGAACUCCGUAUGCCUGCAAUGUGCGGUGUCGGGGAUACAGACUCUCAGGAGGGAGGCAGCAGUGACUCUGCCAGCAGCAUCGGGAGUGGAGUACAUGCAGCAGUAAGAGGUAUUCCUGUGGCUGGCAAUGAGGCAACUAGUCACAGAAUUUCAUCACACCUCUUGCAAAGUGGUCACGAUUCAGUGUUUGACCUUCCCGACCUAGAUAUGGCACGUCACACCACUGUUUCACCUCGCCGCGAUACUGCAGAUGCUGAUUCAGACACUUCUGCGGGUGGUAUUUCGCCCUCCGAAGACAUAGAAGGAUUGCGGAGGCCGUCCAAAGAUGGAUCAUUUUCUUCAUCAAAUUCUGACUCCCAGCAGUCUGGAGACGAGUAUAACCUUUAUUAUUAUGAUCCUAAGGCCUUGACUGCUGGAUCGAGUAAUAAUGCAAAUGAAAAUUCCAAGUCUGCAGGGAAGAAUGAUCCUGUGGUACCUGCCUCAGUUUUUGCAAACUUGAGGAAGACUGAGGAUCCCUGGGACAUCCUGUUUGCUAGAGCAGAGGGUCUACAUGCACAUGGACACGGGAAAGAAGCCUGCACUCUAGGUGUGCGCCUCGCAGAGGAACUUCUCGCCAACCCUCCGGACCUCAUGAUCGAGUUGCCACCAAUGCCCACAAAAGGGAAGAGAAAGAAGCAACAAAUAAAUCCAGUGUCUCAUCAAAUAAGCUGUCUAGCAUCGGCUACACUAGCUAAGUGUGCCUUCCUGUGCACAGUACUGGCAGAAAAUCUGGAACAUUCCCACCUGGCAUUCAGGGUGGGUUUGUUCGGACUUGAAAUGGCUCGUCCACCGGCAAGCACCAAGCCACUCGAAGUGAAACUAGCAAAUCAGGAGUCAGAAUUAGUAAGUCUCUUGAAGCGCAUCCCUCUAGGAGCUUGGGAACUUAAAAUUAUUCGGGAACGUGCAGAGCAACUGAAAGAUGGAACUUUGCGAUCUCGUGGGGAAGCUCUGCUCCCAAUCAUGCUUGCCAGCUAUCUUUUUGAUGUGCUUGUCAUGCCAGGAGGACGGGAAGUAAGAUGUCAGUUGCAGAAUCAGUCACUGCGGUUGCCAACAGAUGAGACUCUGGGUUUUGAGGCUGCAGUUGCUGCUCUUGGCUUGAAAGCUAAUGUGUCGGAGGCUGACCACCCACUCCUCUGUGAGGGAACUCGAAGACAGAGAGGUGACCUUGCAAUUGCACUUCUGGUCCAUUACAAGGAUGACCCAAACAAGAUUUCCAGAAUAAUGGACAAGCUUUUAGAUAGGGAAGUUCAUCAGUUGGUAAAAACUACUAUCCAUGCAUCUUAUUAUUCAAACAAUCCACCUACAAGGAGUCAUUUGAGCAAGGUUUCGGGUCGAAGAAAAGAAGAACAGAGCUCAGCAGAACCUCCUCUAGGGGCAGUAGUCAACUCUGUUGGGACUUCAUCAGAUGGCUUGCUUCCAGAUGUUGCCCCUGGCUGUUCUGGCAGUCGUCCACACAGCGCAACAAGUGCGGAGUUGGAGCAGGCAAUGUCGGGACUUUGCAUUAGUAGUCCUCCAAACCCCAUGCCACCACCUCGUACAAAGGAGUCGCGGUACAAGGGCAAGCGUGCAUAUCCGUCCGUCCCGAACCAGCCAUCUGAAGCUAGUGCUCACUUUAUGUUCGAACUAGCCAAGACAGUUUUGUUGAAGGCUGGUGGCAACAGCAGCACGUCACUCUUCACGCAGGCUUCCACAUCACAGAAUCAUCACGGCCCACACCGUGUGCUGCAUAUAUGUGCAUUCCAGCUGGGUCUUUACGCACUUGGACUUCACAACUGUGUGUCGCCAAACUGGCUCAGCCGCACAUACUCUUCACAUGUCUCUUGGAUAACAGGUCAGGCCACAGAGAUUGGGGCACCAGCUAUUUCCUUCCUAAUAGACACGUGGGAAGGCCAUCUUACACCACCAGAAGCAGUCAGUAUUGCUGACAGAGCUUCGCGCGGUUGUGAUGCCAACAUAGUACGGGCAGCAGCUGAGCUUGCGCUGUCCUGUUUGCCCCAUGCACAUGCUCUCAACCCAAAUGAAAUACAGCGAGCUAUAUUGCAGUGCAAGGAGCAGAGCGAUCAGAUGCUCGAGCAGUCCUGUCUUACUGUUGAAAAUGCGGCAAAAGGUGGUGGUGUGUAUCCUGAAGUACUGUUUCAGGUUGCAAAGCACUGGUACGAACUUUACAUGAAGCACUCCCCUGGCACAGGAGACCAGCCUACUGAGGCCGAAGUGCAGCCAGAGCCCCUGCAGUUGGAUCCUAAAGGCCUGGUAGCCCUCGUAGAGGCGCAGCAUGCGGCUGCAGCCACCGCGACGGCAGUUGUUGUGACUACAGCUGUGCCCCCGCCCUACCCGGCUCCACCGCCUCAUCCUGUGACGACUCUGGCUCCACUGCCGUACGCCGCUGUCGCGCCCUACGGGUUCGUGCACCACCACCGACACAACCAUGCCCGCGCCCACACGUUCCACCCACGAGCGGUCGCCUUGCCACCUCCCCCCCACUUGCAGAUGUAUCUCGCACAGCCUCCGGCAGCAGCCGCAGCUGCUGCUGCCUUCCAGCAGCACAGAGGAGCUGCUGCCACAGCACCACCUGGAGCUCCAACCCCUCUGCAGUACUAUGGUACUGCUGUAACACUGGCUCCGGCACCGACAACCGCUGGUGCCGUGGGUGUCCGUGUUGCUGUGACGGGCACUCCAGCAGCUCCGCACCACCAUGUAUAUUCGGCUGCCAUUCAGCAGGUAACCAAUGGCGGAGCAGCGGUGAUGGUAGCGAGUGCGCCCCAGCACCAGCACCAGCCACAGCCGCUGCCACAUGCGCAGCAGCAACAGCAGCAGCAGGCGCAACACCAGCAACAGGCACAGCACCAACAGCAACAAGCGGCGCAGCCACCUGCCACCCAGGCGCACGGCGUUCAGGUCCUGCUGGCCGGGGCCCCGACGCCAGCCGCAAUGGCGGUUGCUGCUGCGCCCCAACAGCCGCAGCAGCAGAUGCAGCUGUCACAGCAGCAGCCAGCAAUGAUGCCCGUGCAGCAAGUCGUCCGACCUGCACCGUCCCCACCGCAGCAGCCUCAGCAGGUUUUUCUGGUUCACAGGCAACAGCAACAGCAGCAGCAACAACAACAACAACAGCAGCAACAACAGCAACAGCAGCAGCAACAGCAGCAACAACAACAACAGCAACAGCAGCAACAACAGCAGCAGCAACAGCCUCAACAACAGCCUCAGCAACAGCAGUACUCACAGGUGCAGUUGCGCUACCUUUUGGCAGCAUACCGUGUGGGUAUGUUGGCGCUAGAAACACUAGCACGGCGAGUUCACGAUGACCGACCGCAAGCAAAGUAUGCUCGCAACCCUCCGUAUGGUGAGGAUGUCAAGUGGCUCCUUGGUAUUGCCAAGAAACUGGGAACACAAUACUUACACCAGUUUUGUAUAUGUGCCGUGAAUAGUAUUGUCAGUCCAUUUGUACUGCAUGAUGUGGCCUUGGAGGCUGCACAUUAUCUCGCUCGUAACAACCCGAGCCUCAUAAUGCAGCAUUUACGUUCUGCACUUACUCCGCUUGUCCAGAAGUGCCAACAGAUGUAUAUUCAGUGCAUGCAUCAGAAACUUUAUCAUCUGACCGCAAGUGACUAUGAAGAUUUUGUUAAUAUUGUUUGCUCAGCAAGAGCUGCAUUCCAGAUUACACCUGAUGGCAAUACUCAGUUUAAAGAGUGGUUGCAGUCAAUACGAAGGUCUAAAUCAUGUAAGAAAGACCUGUGGGCACAGAUCAAUGCUGCAUUGCAAGCCAACAGCAAAUGACAAAGGCCAGACCUAGGUGCCCACUAUUCUUCUAGCAGCAGUCCCAGGAGUGGAAGCCCACAGUGUUCUGCCAUACUGCAGCUUGAGGCUCCCCCUCGGGAUAUGUUUCCCUCUGUGAUUUCAAAUGCCACUCUCACUCAGGAUGGAAAUGGUAAUGCUACCAUUAUUACGGGCACUGGUGGUGCUUUGCAUCGAUUCCCUGGUACGGGAAUCACACUCACCGUGGGAGAAGGGUUGGCAGUGCGGUGGGAUAAUGGGCGUUUCUGUGUUACCGAGAAUGGGACACCGAGAGAACGGCAAAUCUUGUGGAAUGAGGAAUGUGGCAGAUAAUUGUGUAAAAGUCUGUACUAGUUGAUUUUCUAGUUGCUCUUUGAACAAAUUUGCCAAUUCUUUGGACAAAUGUGCAGUUCCUUUCCUUUCUUGUAAUUUCUUUUUACAAACUGCGAUGUAACUGUGUAGAAAUCAUGUUGAAUGAUUUAGUGAUUAAUUUUUAUCUCUUUUGUAGCUGUGUGUGGAGACAAAAGAUAAAGAGAAAUGUCUGACUUUUUGAAGUCAUUAAGGAAAGCUUUUCAGUAGUGAAGUUUUGUGGUGUCUUGCAUGUAUAUGAUAUAAUACAACCUAAUUUUGUUGAACUAAGAAAUUAAAAUCAUAUUGUGUUUUUUUCUUUUUUUCAUUGUGUGUUCUCUCUUCAUUAGACUUAACUGUAAUUUCUAUAUUAAGAACUCAUUUCAGUCUUUGCAUUAGGACACUGUCAAUUAAGAACUCAGUACUUUAGUGAAAAUUACAUUUGAAUUUAUUUCUGGAAUUUGUGUGUUAAUUGAUACCACGUGAGAAUUUCUCAGCCUUACAGAACUGUUUCCUUCUCGUUCUCCAUUCAUUCCUUCUCCUCCUCUUUCCCCUUUUCAUGUGCACUUACGUGAAAUGUUAUCCCCCCUCCCCCCAAGUCUUUGUUGUUCCCGGCGGUUGUGUUCAGACUCAUUCACUCUCAGUAAAUAAUGGGAAGUUCAUAUUUCAUUUGUAACUGUUCAGAAUUUAGAACAGCUCUAGUUAUCUUCAUUCUGCAUGUCUUUCUUAUGAUAAAUUGUUUGUCAGAUUGCUAUUUCUAAAUGAGUUUCUUAUGCAUUUGUAAUGUGCAUUCUUGUAGUGAGUCAGUCCUACCAAAUUUGUUGUUGAGGGCACCAGUUUCAUUAGAGUUGAACUAGAUAUCUACUCUUGAUCAUUUUAUAAAACUGUAACAGACAUGCAAAACAUUGUAUUGCAACACCAAACAUAGAAAAAGGAACAAAAUGAAAUGAAAAAGUAUGUCUGAUGUUCCUAAGUGCAGAAUACAUUACCCAUUUGAGUUAUUGGUGACACAAAUGUCACUGGAGAUUCUUAUGCGUGUGUGUGUGUGUGUGUGUGUGUGUGUGUGUGUGUGUGUGUGUGUGUGUUUCUCAUAUCUGUCAUAUCAUCUACAGUUCAGAAGUAAAAUUUUACAGCAGAGUAUGAUAAGAUGCAUUGAUAGUGUGCUGGAAGUGAGAAUUCUUUCCUUGUUUAUUCAGUGAACCCAUGUUUUCCAAGCUCAACUGUGAUUUGCCCCCAAUAGAAAGUUGUUCAUAUGAUGUUUGUAUCCAAAAGGCUUGCAUGAGGCUGGUAGCUGUGUGAAAUGUGUUCUUUACAAGACAGUUGAAAUACAAUCAGCAUAUAAAUGAGUAAGAGUAUUUUCAGUGUGCAUUAUCAAACUCUGUGCUGGAAUGCAAAUUAAGAUGUAGAAGAUCAUGGAUAAGGCAUUUAUUAACUUAAAAUUGUAGUUCAGCCACCACAUUUAUGUACUCAGGAUGGCUGAAAUGUAGAAUAUAUUCUUGGUCUUACUGCUACUCCUGCGUAAUUAGAGGGCUGAAUCACAUGACUGCUUUAUAUUUUUACAUAAACAACUCCUUGCAAAGGAAGAGGUAGCUUAAGCACAAGGGAAAAAUCUGACUUCUGGUUUAAGAUUCAUAUCAACAAGUAAUUAUACAGGAAACUACCAGCAACAUUAUGAAAAGAAUGUUGAAGUAAAGUGUAUUUGCAUUGUGCUGGUCUCAUGGACCUCCUUUUGUCAUUCCAAAUGUGUAUUAGCACAAGCAAAUUUUUCAUGCUUGGCAUAAUGUUGACUAUAAAGCGAAAAUUGUCUUUUGCAUUUGUUUCCAAAAUUGUGGUUGGUGUAAUGUUUAUAUGUGAUUCCCAAUUCCCUGUUUCAGAGCCAUUUAUUCAAAUUCUAAGGCAGAUGAAUUUAUUUAGUAAUUUUUCAUGAAACUGCAUUCAGGUCCUAUAUAUCUUAAUUUUGUAAAUUAUUUUCUUUGAAAACUUUUUAAUUUGCUGACAUGUUGACACACCAGAAAGUGUCAUGCAAGAGAGAUGAUUCUUCAUGUGUUGGACUUAUCUAUCACUUUUUAAAUCUUCAUUUACUGAUCUUAUAUGCAAUGUACUUGAGAAUGAUGCAACAUUAGUUCAGAUUUGUACAUGAAAAAUGAGACACCUACAAAAAAAAAGGAAGUACAGGAGAAAACAGUGCAAAAAACAAUAUGCAUCUGAAGCUCCCAGAACCACUGCUUCAUUAGUGCCGAAGGGAAAGAAAACAGUAGGGGUUGAGAAUUCUGAAUGGUUUUAACACAUUUUCAUUUCUUCCUUUUUUAAAUAUACCAGAUGAAGGUGUAGUUCAGAUUUCUAUCCGCAUUUCCAUAUUUGGCAGUAAGCACUACUUCAGAUCUGUGUUCUGAGGUUUUAUCUUUUUGACAAUUUUUUGCGUUUUAAAACAAUUGCUCAGAUUUUCUUUGUAAGUGGGUUUUAUAUGGCAGGUGCUCCGUUAUAAGAUAACAGUAGCAGUUAUGAAAGAAACAAAAACAGAAUAACAGUCCCUAUAUUGCUUUCAGUUUUCAUCAUCAAAUGUUCAAGCUUUACUGUUUAUUUCAUAUAUAUUCAUUCGGUUUGUAGAUGCAUUUUUUAAAAAUGGCCUCUUCUCCAGCACAUACACAGCUUUCCUUCGCAAGUUACAUGGUAGCUGAAAAUUACUGUCAAGUACUAAAUUGAAAAUUGUUUAACAGUCUUAAUUCCACAUACUUCUAAGGAUGAUGCAAAUAGCAGUUGACACUCAGUAUUUACAUGGGAGUGUAUGUCUGAUAACCUUCAUGUGGUAUCGUUCAGCUCCAUGUUAAAGCCACUUUCUUUUUUCCUUUCCUUUUCUUUAAAAAUUGCUUAUUGAAACUGUGGACAAUUCUUGUAAACGUAUGCUGUUGCUGUUCUGGCAGUGCCAAUGUGAAUGUGACCAGAGAUUAUUGUUCCCCUAUUAACAUCUGAUAUGAAAUGCUAUAUGUUAAGUAUAAUCCUGUAAUUAUCUGCAAAAUUGAGGUAGUUAUGCUAUUCUCAUAAUGUCAGAGUUAUGAGAAAUGUAUGGCAAGAUAUAGUUACUUAAGUCACCACUUCAUGAUGAUAAAAAUUAGUUAUAUUAAAUAUGAUAAUGUAGUGAUAAGCAGUGUGUGUAAUUCCAGAAAUUUUAAAUGAAAUUACUAGCUGCUGCAUGGCAGACGGAUAGAUACAUUUCUGUAUGUAUAUAAUUUAGUCAAGGGAAGCGUUCUGUGUAUUUUUGUGACUGGUACUGUUUAAUUACAAAUUGUAUCUGCAUGGUAAACUGAAUUGUGAAAUACGGGUAAAGCCAUGGAAAGAUAUUAUUUAUUUCGCAUAGAUUUCAGUUCGCUUAUAUUAUUUCUGAAUUAUAUGCAGGGUAGUAUUUUUAUUAGAUAAUCAUAAUAAAGUCUUUUCCACCCUCAGAGUGAUUCUGGGGUGAGGAAUAGUUUCAUUUCUGAUCGUUUUAUCAUGCUGGCAUGACUUAACAACCAUCUUUGCUUAUUCCAUGCUUAAAGCAUUGUGGCUUAAACAAUCGUAUAAAACUGUAUUAAAUGAGCAUUAAAGCUGACAUCAGGUUUUAGCAACAACAUUAUCUUUUUUUAAUUAGAAAGUAUGAUGUAGAACUGGAUUAUAACUGUCUUGUAAUUGUUGAGGAUAUUUAUUAGUACAGAGUAAACAUACAGAAAUUAAAUGGAUAUAUUUUUUCACUGUCACUAUAUUAAGAAGCAGGUGCACUGGUCUUUCAGCUUUUCAUUGCUCUAUUCUAAAAAAAAUGAUAUUGAUUUUAUGAGUGGGUUGUGAUCAUAAAAUAUUUAAGUUCUUUAUCUGUGCUCAUUUCAUAGUUUUACCUGCAAAUAAAAUUAGUUACUAUGUUGUUCUUUUACAUAAACCUUUACUAUUAUUAGCAGACUGCUUCUGUGACACUACACGUGACAUAGCUUUGGUAUUUUCUGUUUCUAUAAUCAUAUUUUUGCUACUGUUUCUUGCAACAGAAUGAAAUGGUUAAAGAGGAACAAAUUUACCAAUCCUCUUUAAGUUUUCCUCUGUAUUAAUGAGGAAUGUUUUCUUUAGUGUUCAACAAAGACUGAAUGUGUCAGUUCCACAAUGGGAAGCAAAUUCAGUGUGAUUUGGUAUCACUUCAUUUUACAUUUUUCUUCUGUGAGGACAUUUGCUACAGUGAGCUUCAUUCUCUACAUCCUAUAGUACUUCAAUAAAUGCCACUGCACCUGCAGUUUUUAUAUUCAAAUAAAAAGGAAAAUUUCCUGUCAUCUAUUUAUGAAAUGAAAAUUUUUAAGGUUACAAGAAAUAAAACACCCAUUAUUUAUCUGAGCCUCUUGUCCAAUAUGGAAAUGUAGUCAAUAGGCUGGAAAUUUAGCAGUGUAAGAAUUAGCAGUUGAUGUAUUCUGAAUAUAUACAUUUUUAAAAACGUGAUUUUGAAAUGUGUACAGUAGUAAGUUAUCAUUGUCUUAUCAGUACAUCAGUUUGGUCAGUGUUUUUGGUUUUGUAAGUAGCUCAUACACAAACAUGGAAACAGUACUGUGAGCUUCCAACUGUUAACUAUUGUUUGUUUGACAGAUCUUUAUUUGAUGGUUUUAUUUUUGUAAGUCAGUACUGAAAAUUACAUAUUGGUAACUUUUUUUAGCAUAUCUAUGAAGUUAAAGGAAGAAAAUUUCUUCUAUCUGCACUCUGUUACUUAAACCUGCUGUUGUUUUGAAAAUGGAGACCAAGUGACGAAUGCAUGUUAACUUUGAAUGAGUGUAAAUGCGUGUAUAUAUAUUUUAAGGUGAUUCUUACCUUCACAGUUUAGCUCCUCAUGAGUUUUCAUUUAUUUUGGAAUGUAGUAAAAGAAGAUAUGAAAAUUUCAGGUAUUUUUAAAACUGUUCUAGGUACCACAAGUGAAUCUGUGGAUCUUAUUGUAAAAUGUAGAUUAAUAUUGUUCAGAUAUUAGCAGAUACAAAUGCAAGAACACAUUUCAAAGUUAUGUUUGAACUGUGUUGUUUGUAUUGUUGUGGGAAUUGACUUAUUCCUUCAAAGCUGUUCAGCUACUGCUUUAGUUGAAAAUGCUUCUAGGUGAGUUUAAUAAAUGAGGAAUAUAUUUUCAAAUUAUUUAACAAAAUCGAACAAACGUUUAUUGGAAGCUACACAGUGAUUAUAUCAUGGUUAUAAACCUCUUUACACACCCAGUUUUCUAUGUAGAAACUGUAAUGUUUUGAUUUUUAUUUCAUUUUUAAAAGGGGGCCUGCACUGAAUAAACCAUUCAUCUUUUAGUGGUUGGAGUCCCCAAAUCCAGCAAAAACUAAGUCUGUAUGCAUGGAACUGUAGUUGCAGACACUAGCUUCAAGCAGACAUCACAGUAGUGUAACAAUGUUCUAUAUAAAGUAUAAAUUAAGAUUUUUUUUUCACUGACUUUCAAACAGACAACAUUUUUUACUAUUAGUUUACACUUAUCACUGUCAUAUUUUUCAAGCACAGUAAAUCUUUCAUGCAUUCCAGCAUUGAUUAUGUUGAAUAUAAUAAUUAUUGACAAGUCUGGAAAUCAUACAGAAACUGCUUGAGCAUUAAUAUGGUUUUGAAUAUAACAAUUAUUGACAAGUCUGGAAAUCAUACAGAAACAGCUUGUGCAUUAAUAUGGUUUUACUACCACAGACAAAAAAUGUUUUUCUUCUGUUGGAAAGUAGAUUUAAAUUGAAAAUGUCUUGUUUUCCUGUACACAUUAUAUAGUUACCUACAGACAAGGUAUACAUUUCUGACCUCUUAACAAAUAUUCCAUGAGCUGCUCUUCAUAAUUCUCUCUCUCUCUCUCUCUCUCUCUCUCUCUCUCUCUCUCUCUCUCUUUCCAGUGCAAUUCUUUUAAAUUUAUGAGACAUGCUUUAUUUACUUUCUCUUUGUGGUUCCAUAUUUAACCUGUUUUUUUUCUGUUGUUGCUCACAUUUCUUUCUACCUGAAAGCUCUAAAUGGAAGGAAUAAGUUUGGUCCCAUUGGCCAUGUCUUUAAAUGUUUAGGUGUAAGUCUAGGUUACUUAAGAAGAGUAAAAUCACUUCUGAAGAUGAACAGUAGGUUUCUGGUUGGCAGUAUGCAGCAUUGACAAUCUUCCUCAUUGCAGUUGCUAUCACUGCAUCUUCUGGCCUCACCAGUGCGACUGCAUUUCAUAGUUACUUUUUACAACAUUUGACAAGUUGUUUUACGCAUUUGUGUUUCAUUCAUAUUAGCAGACUCUGAGUUUGACACUGCAUGCAGCAGUGUAGGAAGUAGGCUGAAACUUUAUUGAAUGUGUCAUGAUAUAUUUGACAGUAAUUUAGGAAUGUAUGUGUCACAUCAGUUCUAAUCUAAUAUUGGGAAGUCCUGUCUCAAGUACAAGUAAAGGAAGGAAUAAAGGUAACUAUCCACCAUUUAGUUGAGAUGUUGAGUGGUAGGCAGGCAUUUUAAACAGGAUUCUUGUUUAUGUGCUACCACCUGUCUACUGGUCAAUGGUUCAAAUAAACUGAGUGGUUACCUUUACUCUUUUCUUCAUUUGCCACUUCAUUUUCCAUUUUGUGGUGUUGGGAACUAUUCACACAUAUGCUAAAUAUGAAAUUCAGUUCAGUGGCUAAGUAAUAUGCUAGAAGAAAAAUAAUGUUUCGGUUUCAGUUUGUGUAUUAUGUGUAGUAAAAACACAAAACUGUGAACACUCGAACUGUGAGUUAGAUUAGUGUAUGAAUUUGCAAUUUUACAUAUCACUGUUUAUUGAGAUACUAAUAUCAUAAGGUUUGGGAGCACUUUACAAAAUACAAUGCUGUCUGAGAAAUUUUCUCUGAGAAAUGCAUAAAAUGGUGAGGCUUGUAAAUUUUCUGUCCAGUUGAAGUAAAUAGCUCAGUUAUUCUGCUCAAUUACAUGUAUUAUUUAUAAUUGUAAAUGCCAUUUUAUAUUUGCUCAUCUGAAAUGUAAGGAAGCAUUGUGCAGAUGCCAGUAGCUUUAAAUGAGUCUGUAUACAUUUAUAAAAAUCAUAACUGUUUCAAGAUUUACUAUAGUUUUAAUGGAAGUUAUGUUGAUUUAUGUUUCAUAAAUUUAAUUAUUCCUCCUCAUAUUAGAAUUACAUUUUAGAAAGCAUUGUUACUUAUUUACAGUUCAGUUAAGAUUUACCUCCAUUGACAGAUUUUCAUGUAAUGUGAAUGUAUAUGUUAUGAAGCAACAAAUCUAUAAAAAAUUGGCUGCCUUUUAAAUUUAUUGUUGCAUGAUGGUCAUAUAAAAUUAUAAAUCCUUGUUUUGUGUACUUAAAUGA